UUAUACACAUGCGGGCUACAGCGGGAAACCGUAUUGUUGCGAAUGUAACACAAAGUGAUGUUGUCCCUCUUAGUCUUCAGCGUCCUUGCGACCGUCUGCCAAGGUCUAGGCACGUCCAACUGUGGUAGUACUCCCAUCGCUCCAGAACUGGACGCAGGCGACAGGGUCGUGAAUGGACGAGAGGCAGUGCCGGGCAGCUGGCCUUGGCACGCUGGAAUUCAUUAUCCGCCCUCAUGGGACUCUCUCUACUUCUGCGGAGCAACGCUCAUCGAUGACCAACACGUCCUCACAGCUGCCCACUGCACUGCGUCACUGCAGCCGCUAUUGGCGAGAAUUUACUUGGGCUCUCACCAGCGGAUCAUAAAGGAUGACUCCCAGGUGGACAUAGAAGUUGACCACAUGUGCAUGCAUAAGGACCCUCUGAAGGAUGUCGCCGUGAUAAAGCUGAAAGACAAAGUUAAGUUUUCGAACAGCAUCCAGCCAGCCUGCCUACCGGGGAUCGGUGAUGAGGUUAGCGAAAAUGACACUGUCUACGCUACGGGAUGGGGAAGAACAGACGCAUGGGAUUCGACCUCGCGCGCCGCCGUGUUGAUGCAGGCAGAGUUGGCGGUGCUGUCCCACGAGCGCUGCAACCGGGACUUCCGUCCGCCAAGCCGGCCUGCUCCGGAUUACGCCAUUUGCACCAGGCCGGUGCAGGGGACCGUCUGUCAGCAUGACAGCGGAGGUCCACUGGUGCGGAAGUCUGCGGAUGGCCGCUGGAUCCUGGAAGGCGUCCUGUACCUCGGACCAAGGCUCUGUACUAGUAAAGACCGCGCGCUCUUGUUCAUCAGCACAGCAAAGUUAGCGCCCUGGCUACGAGAGUACGAGAGAGCCGAAGGAGACCCAGAAGAACUGUUGAACUUCUGUGACAUGGCACCAAAUGUCACGAGGCUCUUUCUCAACGACGCGGUUCAAUGGACACCGUGAAUGCCCAACACGUCUUGUCUUCAUUCAUUAACUAUUCGCUUCUGUUCAGUUACUCGCAAGAAGCGUUUCCAAUGUUCCUUUGAAAUAAACUUAUAAGUUCGUAACCCGG